GGAUUCUGGCAUGAACAGAGCCGUCCUGAUCGAGAUAAUUAUGUGGAAAUUGUUUGGAAAAACAUCAAAGAAGGUAUUUAUCUUUAUUAAAAGACUGAAAAAUAAUACUGACUUUCAGCGCCCAAGUCAGUGAUUCAGUGGUUGCAUCUCUUGAUUGUUGGUAGUAGAUGUACUCUAACAAGAUUCAUCCUUUAAAAGUAUUCUGCACUUAAUGUACAAUGUCGUUGAAUGUUUGAAUUCCUGCCACUUGGAAGACGUCAGUUUCGUCUGUUAGGAUGAACCGCUUCUGUUCUGGGUCUUGGUUUCAGGUACUCAGUGGAAUUGAUGACGUAUGGUGCUGAGGCAUACAGCAUGUAGCAUGAAGCACGAAAAACUCUAAAUGAGGGACGAAUUCAAUCGCGAGGGAGGCCCGAAUCCAGGAAAGAGCUUGACAGCUUUCUUGUGAAGCGACCGAAGAGUAGGCGGUUCGAGGGUGUGAUGUCGAGAAAACUUAUAUUGCAAUUUCCUCUUAUUUUAAUUCAUUUAUUUACCUAUUUAUUUACUUUAAAAAAUCGGUCUGUUUUAACAAUUCAUCAAUCUUGUCCUUGUGGCCUUUCCCUUGGAAUCCACGAGAGAGGAGCCCUCGAAACGAGGUUGAACGAUUUAUCGCAAAAGAGAAUAUCGAUAUCCUCAUUUGUUUAUUUACCACUUACAAAUACCCCAAAUGAAUAGAACCAUUAUGUAAAUACAUUGCAUUUGUCUUGUCUGUACCCUCAGAAAACAAGCACAACUUUAAGAAGUAUGGCCAUGGUUCUAUUGACAGCCUGGGAAUUCCUUACGACUACGGAUCCAUAAUGCAUUACGGGAAGCGAGAAUUUGCAAAGUGGCCAUGGCAAACUACCAUACGACCUAAGAAAAAAGGGGUUUCCAUCGGUCAACGAAGUCACCUCAGUCCACUGGAUGUUAAGCAGAUGAAUCUUUAUUACAAUUGCAAGAAAUAA